AUGCCCAAAGUGGCAUUCCUCAAGGUGCCGAUAGCUUUUCUAUUGCUUCUUGCAGGAGCUUCGGAGUUUGAGGCUUCGCCGGAUGAGGCGCCCCGGUCCACUGUGACAGCGGAGGCCGUGGAACGCUACCAAGCUUCCAUUCGUGCCCGAAUGGCAGGAGCAGAUGCCUUGCCUGACAAAGCAGAUGACGAAUGGACAAGCUCUGAUUCUCUUCGGAAGGACCUCAUAGGGCUCGUUGGGGGCGUCUCAGAGAAUGCGACUGCGCUGGAGGUUGGCUCCUAUUUUGGGUACACAACGCGGAUUCUCAGUCAUCUCUUCAAGCGCGUGAUCGCACUUGAUGCCGUUCCUGAGCUCUUGCAGGCAAACCGGGACUACAACUAUGAUCGAGACAACAUCCUGUAUAUCAGGUUCCACACUACCGACCAUGACUGGGGUAUCUUCAAUUUGAACAGCAUCCAGGUUGUGUUCCUGGAUGCAUCUCAUGACUUUGAAACUGUCAUGCAAGAUAUUGACAACUGUCUUCGAAUCCCCACCGUCAGUCUCAUCAUUUUCGAUGAUUAUGGAGCAGAAGAAGGGGUGCGGCGAGCUGUGCAGCAAUUCGUCUCGGCUGGCCGACUGCGCCCGGUGGCACUGCUGGGCGAGGGGGCUGAGGGCCCCUGGCGCCUGCGCGACGGCCGCGAGGUCAAGGAGCGCGAGGCAAUAGCCUGUGAGGUGCUGCGACGAUGA